AUGGCGCUGUCCGCCGCCUGCUCCAUGGCCUCCGUCUCCCGGGCCCUCCGCCCGCGGCCGCGCGCCGCCGCCUGCUCGGCUGCUCGUCUCGGGUGCGGAUUGGGGAUUGCCUGCUCGAUGCCAAGUCACGGAAUGGGGAACGACAAACACGAGCUGGGAUUGGCCGUUGCGUCUGCACCAGCUGCUACUAUCACCCCGGUUCUCAGGAGCCGACAAAUUUUGUGCAAGGCUGAAGCUAACGUAUCUAGUAAUCUUCCGGAUAGCUUGCCUACUGGAGUAAGCCAGUAUGAAAAAAUUGUUGAGCUGCUCACCACUCUUUUCCCUGUCUGGGUUAUACUAGGUACUAUCAUUGGCAUCUACAAACCAUCUAUGGUUACCUGGUUGGAGACCGACCUUUUUACUAUGGGCUUAGGAUUCCUAAUGCUGUCGAUGGGACUAACGUUGACAUUUGAAGAUUUUAGGAGAUGCAUGAGGAAUCCAUGGACAGUUGGUGUGGGGUUUCUUGCGCAGUAUUUGAUCAAACCUAUGCUUGGAUUUUCUAUUGCAUUGGCCUUGAAGCUAUCAGCUCCUCUUGCAACUGGUCUUAUCUUGGUCUCAUGUUGCCCUGGUGGACAAGCAUCAAAUGUUGCAACUUAUAUAUCCAAGGGAAAUGUUGCGCUUUCAGUUCUUAUGACCACUUGUUCAACUAUUGGUGCUAUAGUGAUGACGCCCCUCCUGACUAAACUCCUUGCUGGUCAACUAGUUCCUGUUGAUGCAGCAGGAUUGGCCAUCAGUACUUUCCAGGUUGUUUUGGUGCCGACUGUUGUUGGAGUAUUGGCCCAUGAAUAUUUUCCUAAAUUUACUGAGCGCAUUAUCACUGUAACACCCCUGUUUGGUGUCCUCCUCACCACUUUGCUUUGCGCGAGCCCUAUUGGACAAGUCGCAGAAGUGUUGAAAACUCAAGGUGGUCAACUUUUUAUCCCUGUUGCUCUGCUUCAUGUUGCUGCAUUUGCUCUUGGGUACUGGUUAUCGAGAUUAUCUACCUUUGGGGAAUCAACCUCUAGGACCAUCUCAAUUGAAUGUGGGAUGCAGAGUUCUGCACUUGGAUUUUUACUUGCUCAAAAGCAUUUCACAAAUCCACUCGUUGCUAUUCCUUCAGCUGUCAGCGUUGUGUGCAUGGCUCUUGGAGGGAGUGCACUUGCAGUUUACUGGAGAAACAAAGGGCUUCCAGCGAAUGACAAAGAUGAUUUCAAGGAGUAA